AAAAGUCUUUUUUAUGUGAUAUUGUCUUCUUCUUAUCUCUUUUUGGAGUACCUAAAAGAGCUUUUCAAAAAGAUAACGGAUUAGUAGUAAUAAAUCAUUCGACGGAGGAGAAGAAACCCAGAAAAGAGGCACGAAGAACACUAAACUAAUUUUGAGAGAAUCAAAGAAACCGCUUAAAAUAAAAAUAAAAAGAUGGUGAGUGAAGGAGAAACAAGAAAAGAACUUAGCAGAUGCUUCGAGAAGAUGAAGAUGGAAGGGUAUGUGAUCUCUGAGUGGAAAGAUAUCCCCGUGGAGCUUCUUAUGAGGAUCCUUAGCCUUGUUGAUGAUGAUCGUACUGUGAUCAUUGCUUCUGGUCUUUGUAGUGGCUGGAGAGAUGCUGUUUCCCUUGCCCUUACUCGUCUCUCUCUCUCUUGGUGCAAGAAGAAUAUGAACAGUUUGGUUCUUUCUCUUGCUCCUAAAUUCGUGAAGCUUCAGACUUUAGUACUGAGACAGGACAAACCUCAGCUUGAGGACAACGCGGUGGAAGCCAUAGCAAAUCGCUGUCACGAGCUACAAGAUUUGGACUUGAGCAAAAGCUUGAAACUUACUGACCGUUCCCUCUACUCUCUUGCUCGUGGUUGCACUAGCCUCACUAAACUCAACCUUAGCGGAUGCACUUCGUUCAGCGACACUGCUCUUAAUCAGUUGCAGUCACUAAACUUGGGAUGGUGUGAGAAUAUAAGUGAUGAUGGAGUUAUGAGUUUAGCUUAUGGCUGUCCUGAUCUCAGAACUCUUGAUCUUUGUGGCUGUGUAUUAAUUACAGAUGAGAGUGUUGUGGCUUUGGCAAACCGGUGUGUACACUUGAGGUCAUUGGGGUUAUACUACUGCAGAAACAUUACAGACAGAGCUAUGUACUCCUUGGCACAAAGCGGAGUCAAGAACAAACACGAGAUGUGGCGAGCAGUGAAGAAAGGAAAAUUCGAUGAAGAAGGACUAAGAAGCCUUAACAUUAGCCAAUGCACUUACCUCACACCUUCAGCUGUUCAAGCGGUAUGCGAUACAUUCCCAGCACUCCACACUUGUUCAGGCAGGCAUUCACUUGUCAUGAGCGGUUGUCUCCAUUUACAAUCAGUUCACUGUGCUUGCAUCCUCCAGUCUCACCAAACCCACACCGCUUUCCCUCACCCGGCUCACUGAACCGUUGUGGUCUUCUCUUUGGUAUGUGUGUACAUAUAAAAAAAAGCCUUAUGACGUUAAUAAAAAAGCUUCUUUGAGUUUA